AGUCACUGUUUAUUUUUUUUUCUUGAUGAUUAUUGUCAUUCAAUCAAGUUAAUUGAUUUAUUUUUAAAAUGGCAGAAGAAAGUCUUUUGUGGUUAUUUUUGUUAAUUUUGUUGCCAAUCGUUGCGUAUUUGUACCGAUUAUUUAUUCAGGGCGCUUCGUAUAAAAAACAAAAUCGAAUUGAUGGAAAAGUUGUUAUAAUAACGGGAGCUAAUACUGGAAUCGGUAAAGAGACUGCAAUUGAAUUGGCGAAACGUGGUGGAAAAAUUUAUCUUGCUUGCCGUAACAAAGCGAAAGCAAUUGAAGCGCAAAAAGACGUUAUUCAACAGUCUGGAAGCUCUAAUGUGUUUGUUGAAAUAUUAGAUUUGUCAUCCUUGGAGUCUGUAAGAGACUUUGCCAAGCGGUUUAUGACAUUAGAGGAUCAUCUCGAUUUGCUGAUCAACAAUGCUGGAAUAAUGGCAUGUCCGAAAAUGCUAACUAAAGAUGGUUUUGAGAUGCAGCUUGGCACAAACCAUUUGGGACAUUUUCUAUUAACAAACUUAUUACUGGAUCAUUUGAAAAAUUCAACGCCAAGUCGAGUCGUUAACGUAUCAAGUAUGGCACAUUUGUUUGGAAAAAUCAAUAAAGAUGAUUUGAAUAGUGAGAAAAGUUAUAAUUCUGUCAAUGCAUAUAGCCAGAGUAAAUUAGCGAAUGUAAUGUUUACUCGUGAACUGGCUAAACGACUUCAAGGAACUGGAGUGACUACAUAUUCUUUGCAUCCAGGUGUAAUUUCAACCGAACUGACACGACAUUUAAGUGAUGGAAUUUUCAUUAUUUUUCAAAAGUAUUUUUUUUAUAAUUUUCUUAGGUUUUUUUUAAAUUUUAUAUUUGUUUCUAGUUGGCUCAUAAGACCGUUGCAAUAUAUUUUCAACAAAACACCAAAAGCAGGAGCUCAAACGACGUUAUAUUGCGCUCUUGAUCCAGAUUUGGAAAAGGAAUCAGGAAAAUACUACGCAGAGUGUAAACUGGACAAAAUCAAUCCUUUAGCACUUGAUGACGAAACUUGUAAAUGGUUGUGGACCACUAGUGAAAAAUUGACCAAAUUACAAUAAAAAGAGUCUUAAUGUUUAGAAAAUAAAUUUAUUUACAGCUUAAUUUAAAAGAAGAAAGAAAAAAAAGUCUGUUUGUAUUAGUACUUAAUGAAAU